AUGGCCGGCAGGGCAGGGGCCGGGCUCCUGCUGUGUGGGGUCGCAGUGGUCUUCCUGGUGUUGCUGCAGGGCACACAGUCAGUCUACAUCCAGUACCAAGGCUUCCAGGUCCAGCUGAAAUCAGUGAAGAUGCUGAGCGAACUGGAGGGGCAGGGGAUGCCCAGCCCCCGCCUGCAAGCCCAGAGCUUCCAGCCCUCCGUGUGCCACCACCCGGCCCUGCCACUGGAUCUCCAGCCCAUCUGCGCCUCGGGGGAAGCAGCCAGCAUCUUCCAGGCCUUGAGGACCAUCGCUGGCGAUGACUGCGAGCUGUGUGUGAAUGUCGCCUGUACCGGCUGCGGCUGAAAGGACCCGGGCACCCUGAGCCCACCCUGGACACCUUGUCCCCCAGUCCUCUGCCUUCACAGCCUCCUGCCCCCACCCAGGCUCAGAGGGUCCCCACCACCUCAGUCAUCGCCCCCUUCCAGGGCCCAAGCAGCUGGA